CUAUAAAAACUAAGUACUCGGAUCUGUUAGGGUGAUCGGCUAGGGUUUGAGGGUUUCAGGCUGGUCUCGGCAGUCGGCAUUAGGUUAGAGGAGGUCGAGAGACGAAGAGCUGCGCCUGAAACUUCAACUUCGCAAUCAUGGGUCGUAUGCACAGUCGUGGUAAGGGUAUCUCUGCAUCUGCUCUUCCCUACAAGCGGACACCUCCUAGUUGGUUGAAGAUUUCUGGCCAGGAUGUGGAGGAUAACAUUUGCAAAUUUGCCAAGAAGGGAUUGACUCCAUCACAGAUUGGUGUUAUCCUUCGAGACUCUCAUGGUAUUGCUCAGGUUAGGAGCGUAACUGGGAGCAAGAUACUACGUAUUCUGAAGGCUCAUGGUCUGGCCCCUGAAAUUCCGGAGGAUCUGUACCACCUGAUUAAGAAGGCGGUCGCUAUCCGGAAGCAUCUUGAGAGAAAUAGGAAGGACAAAGAUUCGAAGUUCAGAUUGAUUCUUGUAGAGAGCCGGAUUCACCGACUUGCCCGCUACUACAAGCGGACAAAGAAGCUUCCACCAGUCUGGAAAUAUGAGUCUACAACUGCAAGUACUCUAGUGGCUUAGGAUGCUUGCCCACACACUCAUGAUGGAGAGGACAUUUCCUGAAGCAUGAGUUUCGUUGGUAGAUUGUAGAGAUGGAAAAGAACAGUUUUGUUUAUCUGAACCAAUUGGUACUUAGCUUUUGGGUAUUGUUCCUCGUUACUGGAGCAUUUGAUUUGAGUUUUGACUUCUUUAUUUCUGUUGUGAUAUUGUGCUUUAGACGAGGCCCUUAAACUUGUGCACCAUGUAGUUUCUAACAUUUGUCAAAUGUGAAAUUCCUAUUAUUUGA